AUGCCUGCCUACCAUUCUACUUUCCUUGUUGAAGGCGCUGAUGACCGCGUCAUUGGCAACUUUGCUGUCCUUCCCCUUAAGACCAAAUUUCGCGGACCCGCAUACCCUUGCAGUGACGAUUACGACAUUCUGGAUGAGAUUCUCGAUUUAUUCCGUGCAAACUCCUUUUUCCGCAACUUUGAAAUCAAGGGUCCUGCAGACCGUACUCUCAUCUAUGGAAUUCUCUUUAUUUCCGACUGCCUCAACAAGCUGAAACCAACAACCCCUCCCAACGAAGCCAACAAGAUCCUUAAUACCCUUGCUGUUGAACACUUCACCAUUCCAGGUGAUGCAAGCUUUCCUCUUAACGCUCUUUACGCUCCUCCAAGAGACAGAACUGAGGCUGAUACCCUUCGCUCUUACCUCACUCAGUUCCGACAAGAACUCGCUCUUAGAUUGAUUUCCAGAGUGUACCCCAAUGGCGAAAAAGUUCCCAACAAGUACUGGCUGGCCUUUACCAGAAGACGUUUUAUGAAUAAGAGUCUUUCUUAA